AUGCCGUCGACAGAUCAGCUAGAGUCCUCCAAGAAACGCAAAUCAGAUGACACUGCUGCUGGACCAUCGAACACGACCAAACGGGUGAAGCCUGUGGCCGCCAAUUGCAGCAAUUGCGGUGUACCCUUCGUGGCCGGCGACGACCAAGACGCACCCUGCCAGUACCAUCCAGGUCAUCUUGAAGCGCGCGACGACGACGAGGAGGACUUCUGGGCGGACCAUGAAGAGGACCACUUUGGCGAAAUCGACAGCGAUGAUCUCAAGGCCGAUCUUACAGAGGGCUACAAUUGGGAUUGCUGUGACAAGAACGGUAGAACUGAGGGUUGCCUGAGACGAAGCGGUCAUUCAACGGGUCGACCGAUUGAGCAAGCCCGUCUGCAACGAAUGGGUCUUAAACUCUCGAACGCGAACUUGGAAGUCGAAGAUCGUGGCGCUCGGCCCUGGGAGGUAUGA